UCGCUUCCCUCUGAGCCUAGAGCGAGUCAAUUUAUGGAAAGACGAGUCGAGCCCUUAAUGGUUCCCAUCAAAACCACUAAAAACAUCAUCACACGCUCCGACUUCCGCGAGGAUUCCUGUGGCGGACGCAUGCAGCCUUCUCCCAGCUGACACCCCGCGACCAAAACAAACGCGCCGAGAGACAUUUGGAGGAGUUUUGACCGAAGCGUUUUCACUUCCCCCAGAGAGAAGAGAAGUUCGCUUUUUGCACAAGUUUCUCCAACAUUAUCCAGUCUGCCUUCCUCCUCGUCAAGGAUACUUUUUGGAGAAAGGUGGCAGAAGUGGCCUGGCUCCUGACUGUCACCAGCCCCGCUCUGCGCCUUUUAUUCCCUCUUUAGUUGAUUUCUUGCCUCACCAUUUUUUACCAGAGCGAGUUUGGCGUUUCAUGCUCACCAAUGUUAGCGGUCGGGCAGAUGGAGGCUAACCGGCAGAGUGCUUUCGUCCUGGGCAGCACCCCGCUGGCGGCGUUGCACAACAUGACCGAGAUGAAGACGUCCCUGUUCCCGUACGCGCUGCAGCAGAGCCCGGCGGGCUUCAAGGCGCCGUCGCUCGCCAACCUCAACUCCCAGAUCUCCAUGGGCACCCCGCACGGAAUAAGCGACAUCCUGGGGAGACCCAUCACCACGGCCGGACAGCUGCUCUCCGGGUUCCCCAGGAUAAACAGCCUGACUACAACCGCAGCCGCCGCCGCAGCAGCGGGGAUGUACUUCAGCCCGACGGUGUCGCGGUACCCGAAGCCCCUGGCCGAGCUGCCGGGGAGGGCGCCCAUCUUCUGGCCCGGGGUGAUGCAGGGUUCUCCCUGGAGAGACCCGCGGGUCCCCUGUCCUUCUCAGACUAACAUGAUGAUGGACAAGGACGGCAAGAAGAAACACUCCAGACCGACUUUUUCAGGACAGCAGAUUUUUGCACUGGAGAAAACUUUCGAGCAGACGAAAUACCUGGCCGGCCCGGAGAGAGCCCGCCUGGCCUACUCUUUAGGGAUGACCGAGAGUCAAGUCAAGGUCUGGUUUCAGAACAGAAGAACCAAAUGGCGGAAGAGACACGCCGCGGAGAUGGCCACGGCCAAGAAGAAGCACGACUCGGAGACGGAGAAGAUGAAGGAGAGCUCGGACAACGAGGACGACGACGAGUACAACAAACCACUGGACCCGAACUCAGACGACGAGAAAAUCACGAGACUGUUGAAAAAGCACAAGGCCACCAACCUGGCGCUGAUCAGCCCCUGCAGUAACAGCUCGGACACCUUGUGAUGCCCACCGCUCUGGGGAGGGGGGCGUCCAACAGAGACCUGUCGCACUCUUUCUGACCCCCUUUUUUCACCUGACACGACGAAACAUGCGCCUGCUUGAAGGGGGUGUUUUUUUGCUCAGACAGAGCAAAGAAAAAAUGUGGAACAACCGAGUGUGUGUUUGUGCGUUUGUGUGUAUGUGUGUGUGUUUGUGUGCGCGCGCCAAGACGCACAGGAAGACGCGCUCACCAAAAACGUGGCCAAGAGACGCAUUUGGCUGCAUUCAGACAUUACAGACUCUGUGCACACGGAGAUAUAAACUCCCGUCAGAGCUGGACUUGAAGAACACUCGACGAUGAAGAGUUCACGUCACAGCUUGAAGGACAAAAAUAUUUGGGACAGGAAGUUGUUUUGGCGACGCAAAUCACUUCUCACGCAUACAACUGGAGUUUUAACAACAGGUGUAAAUGUAAAGCUAUAAUAUACACACAGUCCGGAUCAGUGUUGGCUCAUCAGUGUGACUCUUUUUCCCACAUGUAACGCUGCCUUACUUUACUACUCACGAGGGGGGUAUUUUGCGUUGCACCUUUACGCAAAAAUUAACAGCCUGUGUCACCUUUAAAAGUCAAGAAGGCGAUUCAUUUUCACGCUGCUGAAUGGUCUUAUUAAUUGGUGAUAUCAUUUCUCAGCCCCCAUAAUGAUUUAAUCUGCAGAAAAUAAUCACGCUAUAGUCAGUCGUCUUUCAUUCUUAAGUAAAGGAAGUGUACACCAUUUAUUUUUAAAUUCUGCUUUAACCUCAUUUGUUGGUUUUAACAAAAUCAAAUACGUUUUUUUAAUAAUUAUUAUAAUUUUUUUUUUUAAAUAGAGCUGUUUCUCUAUCAGCAGCGAACACUGAUCCGGAUCCCAGACGCAUGUUUUUAAAAUGGCAGGUGUAAACGGGGCCUGUGAUGCUUCUAAAGCUCAGUUUAACCAGGGUAUCCACUGUCCUAAAAGGCGAGAGAAUUAAAAUGUUGUGUGUGGGGGCUGCAGGUUCGAGAUGAACGAAUGAUUCGUGCUGUAGCCUAAAGAUGAAGAUGUACGUCAGAUUGUAUAUAUUUUUUACUGAAUAAGUUAUGUUUGUUUCAGACGUGGCAGCCUUCCUUCCCUUCCGCAGCCCGGACGCGCUUAUUAUCCCUCUCAGACAAAACCUGCUGCUUCGUUUUCAUUCCCGCAGAGUUCAUUUCGCUCUCCCCCUUUUUUUUUUCUUUUCCCCUUCCACGUUUUUACCAUUCUCAAUCCACCAUCGGCACACAAAUGUAUAGAGACAAAAAAGAAUUGCUGUAAAUAAUCACUGUAAAGACAACCGCUUGUUUUAACCGACACCACAGUACACCCACCCACCCACACACACUCCUGUUUUUAGUUUUCAAAAGAAAGUUUUUAUGUUUUUACCUCAUCGUCACACAGCGGAACAGAAAAACUGGACCAUCGUUUUUGUUGGGAUUAAAGAGAGUAUUAUUGCUUCUGGGAAGGUCAUAGGAAGAAAAAAAAACACUUUGUAUUAUGAAUAAAUUAUUUAACAAGCAUUUUUGUUUUAUUAUGAGUUUUGUUUGAAUGUAUGGGCUUAAUAUAAAUUAAAGAUAAAUUCAUGACUAUCAGUAA